ACAGCACAACGUCGUCAGUGGUCUUUUUCUUGACAAAAACUUUUUCGGACCAUAACCAAGGCAGCAAAUCAUCAUCAUCACCAUCAUGUCAUCCACCCAUCCUCAACUAACAAAUAGUAGCAAAGAAGAGGCCGCCUUAUUGGAAGAUAGUAGUGAUCUCUCCUUGAAUCAGCUUGUCCUGGAGCGAAGCCAAACGGCCACCAAGACUGCGGAAGACAUCAAGCAGGAAGAACUACUCAGACGAGCAGCAGCACACAAAAAGAACAACCAUGGCAAUAUUAUUGUUGCUGUUCCAGCAGCAUCUGCAGUUAACUUGUUGUCAGACGACCACCCGUUGCCAAUACAAGAAAAAAGAAAGCACCGGUCCAUACUGAGGAUGAUGAUCAAAGGCAAAAAGACGAGCUUGCCCUUUUGAUGAGAGUUGUAGCAGAGCGAUCUGCCGCUGCCAGGAGAGAAGAGGCAGAAAGUGCUACUAGCAAGAGCAACAACCCUGAAGACGUUGGAACGCAAGCUUUUAAAAAUCCCGGUGAUUAUUAUGUUUCUGAAAAAGGGGAUUCCAUCAAUCUCAUGGCCAUUGUGGCGCAAAGAAGUGUUGCAGAUGAUGCUACACCCAGCAUGACAGCAGAUAAUAAUAAUACGGCUCCUCCGGAUGCUGCUGGCAAUGCUGUUGCACUUCAUUCAGGCAUUGAAUAUGACCACCAAACUGGGUGUCCAAUGACCAAGCACAGCCUACCACCAGGCUCUGUCACUCCUGGUGCUUAUUCAGGAGCACCAGGUGCUAACUAUCAAGCCGUGGAACCAGUGAGAUUGGAUGUGCUGGGAGCAUAUGAUGAAUCGGGAAAUGGAGAACAAAUUCAAAGACGAAACGUUUCCUUCCAACUAUUCAGCAGCAAUUCCUACAAUCCACAACCACUCAGGGUUUCUAGUACUGCCAACACCACAUCAGAGCUCACCGCAGAAGUCAGGCGAUCAGAUAUUUCCUUGAAUGAAGAGGAGGAAAAGUCGACCUUCAAGACAUAUGCCAUUGUGACAGCCAUUGGCUGCAUGGUGGUUCUCGUGGUGGCCAUUAUUGUACUGGUAGUUGUUCUUCAACCAGAUGAUGUCUCUUCACUCGAAGAAGUGGAUUGGGAAUUAUUGCUUCUGUCGAGUCUGGAUACUCCAACACAACUUCUCAUUGAACAAGAGCCUGCCUCUAUACAAGCCCAGGCGUACAAUUGGGUGAUCCAAGAUCCAGACUUUGAUGAGAUGCCUCCAUGGAGACAUCUACAAAGAUUUGCACUGGCUACAAUCUACUACUCGACUCAAGGUCCACAGUGGGAUCAACCACAUGACUGGCUCUCCUACAAUACAUCAGAGUGCCACUGGAGACCACCUUCUCCAUUUUCACAGCAGAAUGGCACAAGAAAUCCCACUGCUUAUGUUGAAGAGGAAGAUCCAGAUCAUUGCAACCUUGGUGGUGCUUUUGACAUGCUUCACUUGGAUGGUAUUGACAAUUUUGGAGGCUCCUUUCCAUCUGAAAUAAAAGUCUUGACAGGUCUCAAAGAGAUUCACAUCACCAAUAUCCCUUCCCAGUUGUCUCUUUCAGACUUUACACCACCACAGCUAGCAGCAUUGACCAAACUGACAUCCUUGGAUUUCACAGCUUCCAACCUAGAAACCUCCAAUAUCCCUACUCUAAUCGGUACAUUCUCCUCUCUCAAGUCCAUCCUCCUAUCCACUGCCCAAAUUGCAGGGACCCUUCCAACAGAGAUUGGGUUGCUAGAAAACUUGGAUACCUUGGAUGUCUCUGUAAAUCGACUUGGCUGGUUUCUUCCCACAGAAUGGUCACAGUUGACCAAUUUGGCUCGCUUGUACCUCCAAAGCAACAAUUUGAUUGGUGAACUGCCCAAAGAAUGGGGGAACUUGAGCAGCCUCCGAGACCUUGAUAUUAGUGACAAUCAACUCACUGGAAACAUUCCAAUGGAGUGGGAAGGAAUGGUCUUUCUCACAGAAUUUGCAUUGUAUCAGAAUGAAGAUCUGGUAGGGGAAACGCCAGACAGUUUUUGCGAGAUGCAGGAAGAAUUCCAUCAGAAGAGUGAUUGUGAAAAAGUCCCCUGCUGUAGGUUGGGGGGUAUUUGGUGCACGUGUGUUGGAGGAUAGCACCAUUUGCAACAAAGUGUACCAGUACUGGUAAAAAGAGAAACACGAUUCUUCAUUCAUCGACAUGCCAAAGCCAGGACCUACAGUGUACCGAGUUUACUGCAUGAGCAUGCACAAACGCUAGUGGAGACGAUACCUGAGGUUCUUCGGAAUCAAGAUACUGAGCUUCGUUCUCACAUGCAUUGUGUGGCAGUGAGGUACAAUUCGAGCUGCUUCGUAACCGCCAGAUGGCUCGUGAAGUUGGUUUCGGGGCCACAACUAGAAAUGCGAUACCGACCUUCGUUUCCCAAUGUGUGAUUCGAUUGAAAGAUUCAUUCGCCGCUGGUUGGUAUGGUUGUGAGGCGCUGAUGGAGCGUGAGAGCUAUUACGAGCACUGCGUCCGUACUCAAGACAAUAAGUGGUUGGAGGACAGCGUGCAUCGUCACUUCCAUCGUCAGAGGUUUCGAUUGCAAAUUCGAUCGUCAUCGGUGAAAGUAUUUUUUCGAUUCGAUUCCAUUGAACGAUUGUCCUAUUCAGGGACAAUGGCGGGAAUGCAACGGGAACGAGAAGUCAUUGGGGUAAAAUCUGAAAAGAAUACUCCCUCCAUUCCAAAAGAGGGUCAGUCUGCACCCGUUUUAUUGAAGAGUAAAAGAUACCGUGGAAACAAUUAUUGGAAUCGUCAUGUCAAGAUGCUUCUAAUAAGCAAGGUCAGGGCCAUGAAAGCUUCCUCCACGGUCUUGGUUAUAAGCAAGUCCUGGUUGACUAUAUUCGUUGAGCUAUACCAGGCACACCAAGGUGCUCGGAGCCUUUCGUCAAAAGUUGCAUGUUGCACCGAAUUGAAGAAUAGCUCAACUACAUACAUCCACGGAUGCUGGGGAGGUCUUGCAGACGUCUCAACCGGUACCAGUACAGUACGUUACAGAUUGAUGCUUCACGCAGGUACGUGGCUGCAGAAUCGAGUCUACAUAUCUACAUUGGCUGACCAAAUACUACCAGUACGAGCAUUAAUUAAUUGCCGACACGACGUUUA